ACAACUUCUCCAUCCCCAAGAAAAAUAAUCCAGGUGCAGUCAGGAUACACGGAAGGAAUUCCUGCUGAAAACUGAACUGAAGGAAACUGAAGGUCUGAACCGACGGAAGAUGGGAGGCAGAAUCUGGAUCAUAAUGCUGCUGGCAAUUGGGAUUGAAGGGCAAAUCCGGAUCCCUCUGCAGAAAUUUCCAUCUGUCCGAAACCGGUUUGGCCAGUCAGGGCUUCCCAUCGCUGAAGUAUUAAGGCGAGGUGGAUUCAGGACCGGAAACCCACCAGCUACAGCUUCUGUCACUCACCAGCGUCUCCACAACUACAUGGAUGCUCAAUACUAUGGGCAAAUUUGUCUUGGAACCCCCAAACAAUGCUUCAACGUCGUCUUUGAUACUGGCUCAUCCAACCUGUGGGUGCCUUCUUCCAAAUGUUGCCUGCUACAUUUGGCAUGCUGGGUACACAAACAUUACCGUUCCCUGUUUUCCUGCACCCACAAAGCCGAUAAAAGCAAAUUUGAAAUUCAUUAUGGAAGUGGUAGCCUUAAAGGAUUCUUAAGCCAGGAUGUCCUCAGGAUUGGCAACCUCACCGUUAAGAACCAGACCUUUGCUGAGGCUACCGAUUUGCCAGGCUUGGUUUUUGUGGCUGCCAAAUUUGACGGUAUCAUGGGAUUGGGUUAUCCCUCCAUCUCAGUAAACAACAUCACCCCACCCUUUGAUAACAUGAUGAAGGCGAAACUUCUGAAAAACAAUGUCUUCUCAUUCCAUCUUUGCAACACCAACAAGACCUCACAACAAGACAAUGGAGGUGAAGUUAUUUUUGGAGGCAUCAACCACAAUGCCUAUGUGGGAAAGCUUCACUACAUCCCAGUGUCACGCAAAGCCUACUGGCAGAUCAAGAUGGACAAGAUAACCAUAGAGAAACAACGCAAGGAGAAGUCAUGUUGGCCAUGGAACCUGCUUGAAGCUACCAAUUCAUCCACCCUCUGCAAGGACAGUUGCCAAGGCAUUGUGGACACCGGGACCUCUCUCAUUACAGGGCCAAGCGUGGACAUAAAGGCUCUGCACGAAAUAAUUGGUGCUCAACAUGCUUUCGGUGGACAGUACAUAAUAGAUUGCCAGAAAAUACCUGAGAUGCCCAGCAUCACUUUUCAUCUGGAUGGCAGACCCUAUACCCUGACCCCCGAAGAAUAUACUCUCCAGGUGAGACAGGCAAAGGUGACUGCUUGCAUCAGUGGAUUCAUGACCCUCGACAUCCCAAAGCCCACAGGACCACUCUGGAUCCUGGGAGAUGUUUUCCUCCGACGAUAUUACUCAGUCUUUGACCGAGAUCAUGACCGAGUUGGCUUAGCUGCUUCUAAACAAUCUUCCUGUGGUUCUGAUGGAAAAGAUUAAACUUCACAGCUGCAACAGAAAAUUCCACUGCCCUCAGAGUGGUCAGAAAAUAGUGGCUACCAUUUGUUUCAUGGCCUUAAGAAGCUCGGCAAGGAUUUAUUUUCUUACCAAUAUAUGCAUGGUUUCUGCAUUCACCAUACUUCAUGGAAUAAUUCCAUUUUUAAAAUACAAGAACAGGUUUCCAGACAUGAUGAUGAUGGUGAUGAACCAUUACGUUUCCAGACUCCAACUGGAAAUUCUCCUAAUAGUUCCUAAUAUAUUGCUGAGUCCAGAAGUCCAGUGACUUCACCUGUCUUCUUCUCUUCCACUUUUUCUUGCUGACCCUCUGCUUUUUGUUUCAUGCAUAACCUGAUGUUACACAUGCCAAUUCAGAAGUAAUUCUGUAGUCUUAUUCCAAAGUAAGAGAUAAUAGGAAUUUCAGGAGUCCUUCUCCCUAUACUAAAUAUCAGAGAAUUCAGGCAUAAUAAAGAAAAGGGGAGUGGGUUAGAAAAGAGGGAGAUAAGAAGCCAGGGUCGCCCCAUUUAUUGCAAUCUAGAUUUCUGGAUAACAGCCCUAAUGUCAAAAAAGCCAAAUAAUUCACAGCUAUUUGUGCUACAGAUGGUCCUCAACUUACAACCACAAUUAAGCACACAAUUUUGGUUGCUAAGAAAAACAUUUGUUAAGUGAAUCUAGCUUUCCCAUUGACCUUGCUUGCCAGGUCGCAAAAGAUGGUCACGUGAUCCCAGGACACUGCAAUCGUCAUAAAUAUGAACCAGUUGCCAAGUGUCCAGAUUUUGAUUCUGUGACCAUGGGGAUGCUGCAAUGAUUGUUAAGUGUGAAAAAUGGUCAUUAGUCACUUUUCAAAGUUGUAACUUUGAAUAGUCAUUAAAAGUACUGUUGUAAGUCGAGGACUCACCUGUACUCCUGACUUGGGCAGGGGUUUAAACUAGAAGAUCUCCAAGGUCUCUUCCAGCCGUAUAAUUUUAUGUAUUUGAAAUGAUGUAACUCCUCUGAGCUAUAAAUUUAGGGAUUUUGCAUACAGGUGGUAUUUGUCUCAGUCCUAACCCUUUAAGAAAAAUCUCUGCAGCAGAGCAGGAAAAGUCCUUUUUCCACUGAGGAAAGUCAGUAAUGAAACAGAUUGUUCAUUAGGCAGCUGUGUUCAUUUAGCUGGGAGCAUAGCUCAGUGAAAGAGUUAUACCCUGGCAUGCAAAAGCUUCCAGGUACUACAACCUCCUAAUAUUUUCAGAGAGGGUUGGAAGAUUCAGGCCUGAACCUCAGAGAACCUCUCCCAUUCUGCUGCUGAGCUACAAAACCAAUGUUUGAUGGCAGCUUCCAACAUUUACAAAUAAUAUUGUCAAGUCAACUUUCUUUAGCUUCCUUCCUAUUUGGUCACCAGGAUGAUGGCUAGAAACAGUCAUCCAGAGUUGCUUUUGAUAGUGAGAGGGGGUCA